CAGCCUCAAUAAUUAUGCUUAAAAUUAUUUAUAUUUAUAUACUCCCCCCGUUCCAUAAAAUUUGGCCAAAUUGACUUACACGUAGAAUAAUAAAAUAAAAAAUGUGUAGUUGAUAUUUAACGGGCCAUGAAAGAAACAUUGUAGAAGAUUACCAACGGUAAAAAGAAGCCAAAUCGAACUCAAUUUUAGAAAAAUGAAAAUAAACUUGCGAAUAAAAGUUCACACUAUUCAUAAUUAUAAGCUUCACAUUGAUCUUUGGAGUGUUGGUAUGGCUAAAAUUCAUUUACCUUUUUCUUACUCAAUCACAACCUCACUUUUCCACUUUCUUCUCACUUUCUUAGAGCCCGUUUGGUAAUACCAAAAUCGACUGAAUCGCCUGAUUCUACUGAAAUUAAUGAAAUUCUGGCAGAAAUGACCGGAGUGGCUGAUUUUCUGAUUUGGUCUAAAAAACGGAAUGUGGUGCAUCAAAGAUCAGGACUGUAAAAGAAAGGUGUUCGCAUGCAAACAAACAAAGUCAUAUCUUGUUGGAAGGACCCGAGUCAGCUUCGUUGUUGUGGAUGCCCAAGUCAAAUCCGUUGUCACCUAUGGGAGGGUCGGUGCCUUCAAAAUACAUCUCCCAAGUAUCGAUGUCGGCUUGCGGAUCCCAUUUGUCGGCUUCACCGUCAAGAAAAGACUCCAUAAUAUCCUUCUUGGUUUGCCAAGUAUAGAAUCCCGCGGCAUCAAUCACCUCCUGCCUUUUUCUCCCACCAUACUCCUCAAGGGAUUUUAUCCUAUCCGUUUUCAUCUUUAUUUCCUCCUUCAAUUUUUCAAGGGAGAACUAUCAAAUAAGCCCUCGAACUUUCAUAAAAAGUGCAAAUAAGCCCCUUUUAUAGGAGGCUCUGUCCGGCCGUCACCAUUUGGAGCGGUUUCCGGUGUAAUUUUUUGAUGAAUUUUUUGAGUAUUAUCUUUAUUACGUCUAGUUUAUUCAUACCAAAUUUCAGUUAAAAAUUCAAUCGGGAACGCAGUCAAAUGAAUUUUUGAAGAUAACUGCGCAGUUAGACAGCGCAAUAUAUUUCAGAAAACCAUUUGACUCCCUUCUCGAUUGAAUUUUAAGCUGAAAUUUGGUAUGGGUAAAUUAGACUUCAUGAAGAAGAUACUCAAAAAAUUUAAUAAAAAAAUUCCACCGGAUACCGUCCCAAAUGGCGACAGCCGGACAAAGCCUCCUGUAAAAGGGCUUAUUUGCACUUUUUAUGAAAGUUCUAGGACUUAUUUGAUAGUUCUCCCAUUUUUCAAUUAUGCGGAGUUUGCCUUUUCAUCCAAGAUGGAUUUCUCCUGAGAAAGAUCGGACAGUUUCUUUUCAAUCUCUUCCUCAGCACGCUGGGAAGAUUGCAGGUCAUCCUCCAAAGCUUGCAUUCGUUUAGUAGCAGCCAAAUUGGCCUGCAACAUCUGAUGAACACGAACGAAGUAUAAAAAGAAUCAAAUACCCUCAGAGCGCAAGUAUAAGCACGGGUCAAAGGUAAGGCACCUGAAGAGCCAGAGCAGAUGAAGUAGCCAAAAUAUCGACAUUGGAUGAGCCAGAGAAGGCGUCAAUGGCAGAAGGCAAGAGCUUCUGCGAAAUGUCGUCCCUCAACACACUGUCAAGGCAACGGAGAUUAGGAGAAAGCUCGGGUUUCGCAGGAAUUCGCUCGUUUGAUGGGGGCACACUCACAGACUUAUCGGUAGGGACUUGAGGCGGCAAUAAACUGAUCACCGCUUGAGCGGCACUGGCAGCAGGGAGCAAAGAGGCAGCAAUUUUCCUCUUCUUAGAGGCUAAGUGCAAUAGCUCAAUCGGAUUCAGAGGUUUGCGCGCAACGGAAGAAGACAACACAACUGACAAAUAUAUUGAAUCAUCACCGCGUCAGAUAUAAGGAAAAGGCAGUAGAGGAAAUAACAAGAACGGCAGUAAUUUACCAGAGGAGGAAGUCGAAGGCUUGGGGGCAGCUAUGGUACGGAUCAUUGAAGCGCACUCUUCCUGAACUACAGCGCCAUCUGUAGUGCUCAGAAUGUCGUCCUCCUUCUCGGAACUUUCAAUUGAAACAACCGACGUAUCUUGACAUGAACCAGGUGACCUAGACACAUUUCGAGAGGAACGCCGCAAUCCGACACGAACUGGACUGACAGAGGGGGAAUUAAAAACCAUACCUCAAAAUUCCGAUUUGAGCUUAGCAUAGCGUCGAAUCUCAGGACUCAAAGACAGGAAAGCAUUGGUCCUCUCCUCCGCCUGAGGACCAUGUUCCAAUUGGAAGGUCUUCAUUUCACCUGAAAGUAGAGAAAGAUCAUAUGACAAAAGAAUAAUUUCAAAAAAAAUGAGUAUACGGAAGCGAAAUGCAGCGCACCAGUGGUCCGCAGGCGAUCAGGAAGAGACUCCCCAUGUUCACCCAAUGAUGACUUUUCAAUGAAGAAAAACUUGGCUAACCAUCCUCUGUCGUUCGCAUUACUAAUACCCAAAAUCAAAGGUUCUUUGCCAGGUUUAACGGUCAAUAUGAACCUUCCUUUCCCUGACGUUCGGAGGUCAUAGGUGAAGCCCAAAUCUCGUGAGGUAUAGGACAAGUUUUUCUUCUCAAUAAGAAACUCCAGGGCGCGAAGGAGCCUCCAGGUUUGCGGCAUGAUUUGACAGGGAGAUACCCUAGCCAAGAGGAUAAAACCAUUUACCAGUUCGGAAAAAGGGAAGCGAACGCCUAAUUUCUCAAAUGGGUACUGACAAAAGUUAACCCAGCCAGGGCAUAUCCAAUCUACUCGUUCGCCACGAUGGGGAUAACGAAUCUUCGCAGAAGAAGGGAAACCAUAUGAGGACUCAAUCUCCUCUCUAUCCUUGAAACGUAGAUCUUCGGCUCUGAGAUUCUUGGCUUCGAAGACAUCUUGACUCGUGAACACAGCAGGAUCCAUGGUGAAGCUGGGAAGGCAGGACAAUAGAAGGGAACGCGUCGCUAAGGGAGUUGAAAAUGAGUAUAAGAGAAUGAGGAAGAAGGGAUUAAAGGUUGCGAAAAAGGUGCCAGCUUUCCGAGGAGUUUGACAAUCCCUGGGAACGAGAAGUGUGCAGAGCGGAAGAAGGCUUUUUGAAUUCACAAUGAUGACUACGUCUCGCAUGCUUGACCCGUCACCGAUGUGAAUAGGGGCAAUUGUUGGGCCAUGCCGUUUCAUGUCACUAAAUAUUGGGUCGUGUUGUUGUUCAUAAAUGAAACAUUGGGCCAAGGAUGGACUAUGUGGCAGAAAUAAUAAACAGGAGCCGGAAAGAAGUCUACCUAAGUGAAAGGGGGAUAGAUAUACUUCAAACGGUUGGAAACUAAGUCAAAUGAAGAUUGAGAUAAGCCUAAGCGGUUAGACGUGGGGAGAGAAAAUAGGAAGCUGACGCAAAUCUUGUGGGACAAGUAGUGUUUGAUCUGAUAAAUAGACUAUGGAUUCAUAAAAGAAGGGACAUGAUCACUCAAUCAAUUAUGCUAAGUAAUUCUGCUGCAUUCUUGUAUUCACACUAUUAUAUUCGAAUUAUUAAAUAUCAUCCGUAUUUGCAUUACUCAAUUACUCCAUAGUUGAUUCAUAUUUGUUCGAUUCCCGUUUCAAUUUUAGAUUAGUUUAAAUGUAAUCAUUUAAAAUUAUACUGGUUUAGUAUAUCUGUAGCAGUUGUUAGAUAGUGUUAUCUUUUUCGGAAUGAGUUCCCCCUUUUCUGUAUGCCUGGUUUGAUUUGUAAACAUGAUUAAGUGCAUCCAGAUUAUUUGGACAUCUCACAAAGAAAAAGUUGCAAAAACAAUUCAAUUCUGAUAUAAAUACUAGUUAAUUCAUGCCAUCGUAAUUCGUACCACCUUGGCUCUCGACAGCGUACCAGCGAAGCUAGUGUUGGCGGAAAGAGCUUAAUGGGCGUAUGCAUCUUUGGUUUCACCUGGGCCAUCCUCGUUAGCUGAACCUCCAAUGCAGUUUCGGCCAUUGACACUGAAGUGAAGCUUCUUCUGAAAACCCAUUCUGCUUUAAUUUGUUGUGAAAGGUGG